CCGCUGUCUGUGUGUAUUGAUUUCUGACAUGUUUACAAUCCACGAGCUGCACACAGCUGGCUGUUAUUUAUCCGGGCCCGGGAACUGAAAGGCGGCUAGCAAAUCGGUUCUUACAGACAUUGGAUUUAUAUAGACUACUGAGAAAGUGUUGAGGAAAUGCUGAUCGAUGUGUCGGCACUGAACCAGACUCCACCCCAGUCUGAGGGAGUCCAGGGUACCUGUGGGGACUGGAAAGAAGCUCAACAUUCUCUGUUUCAGCUAGCCAAUAUGUGCCUCAUUCUCUCAUUUCUGAUUCCAAACAGUUUCCGGCAUUAUCCGUUCUGUCUACGAAUAUUUCUUGGUACGGGCUACCUUUUCUUUUCCUUGUGGUCGGGGCUGAUUGUGUGUAUGCCGGAUGUCCUCGGAUGGUCUGCCGGGUUUUUCCUUGUGAAUCUUUUUCACCUGUCGUAUAUUGGAUACAAGAUGUUUCCCAACAAAGCAAAUAAAGAUUUAGAUGAAUUGUACAAGAAAUUAUUCGAGCCACUGAAAGUGAGCAAGGUAGAGUAUGAUUGCCUUGUCAAACAAGGCUACGUCCAUGAAAUGGAAAGAUUCUGUGAAUAUGCUAAAGAGGGGAUAACUCCAUGUGGACAAAGAACAUCCAUUUUGAUAAAAGGCAGAUUGAAGGUGCAAUACGAAAACAUGUUUGUCCACUGCAUUGAGAGAAAUCAAUUUGUCGACUCACCAGAGUACGAUUUGAUCAACCGAUCCCUGUCAUCUUCACAUACACACGAGAGAUACCAGGUCACCAUUGUUGCAGUAGAGCAGAGCCUCUUGUUGACCUGGCCAUUCGAUAAACUCUGUCAGUUUCUUGAAUCAAAUCCAAGCGUGUCUGCCAUAUUUGAUUUGUUGAUUGGCAAGGAUAUAAGCGACAAGCUUUAUCAGAUACAGGAAAUGCUUCUCUCCAACCCCGAAUCACCACUGAGACAGAAGUUAGACUCCAGUCCGGUGAGGUUACAGCGUUUUACCCCGAGCCCACACUCCUCCCUAAUGAAUCUUCGCGGUGUCGUCGUCUCUGAGAGCUCAACAUCAAGUCUGGAUCAUGUACACUGUUUUGGAAUUGAUAUCAAAGGUUGGUCCUCCCCAUCCCGCAAAGCGCCCUCCAUCAAGACGAAUACAUUUGAGAGUCAAGUGUGAGGGAGUUUCAAAAUAUGAAGUGUUAUAUUAAUAAAAAAUGCUCAGCACAAA